AGACAGAAAUGAAAGACAAAUACGGAAUAAAGAUGAAUUACAUGAAAGCAUGGCGUAGUAAAGAGCGAGCACAAACCCAGCUACAUGGAAAUGCUAAAGAGUCGUACAAUCUCUUGCCUAGAUACCUGUACAUGCUACAGAAAACAAAUCCAGGAACAUUAAUAGACAUAGAGAAAGAUGAUGAUGACAGUUUCAAAUAUGCAUUUGUUGCAUUGAAUGCUGCUAUAAAAGGUUGGCCAAACUGCAAACCAAUCAUCGUGGUAGACGGUACAUUCCUAAAGGCCGCGUAUGGAGGCACGUUGCUCACUGCCAACACACAAGAUGCAGAAUCUAAAAUUUUUCCACUAGCAUACUGCAUAGUUGAUUCUGAGAACGAUAAAUCGUGGGAGUGGUUCUUAAAAAAAAUAAGAGAAGCAUUCGGGGUUCGAGAAUGUCAAUGCCUAAUAUCAGACAGACAUGAAAGCAUCAUCAAAGCAACUAGGAAAGUGUUCCCUGAAAUAACACAUGGCUACUGCAUCUUCCACCUCUUGUCGAACCUCAAAACAAAAUUCAAGAAAAAUGCAAAGCAUUUCAGAGUGCCAUUCUUUGCAGCUGCAAAAGCUUACACAGAAAUGGAGUUUGAAUUCCAUAUGAGGGAGCUAGACAACUUGGAUAAGCGCAUAAGACCGUACCUGGAGAAAAUUGGCCAUGAAAAAUGGUCAAGGUAUCAUUCAGAAAACAACAGGUACUCUACCAUGACAUCAAACAUAGCUGAGGCACUGAACUCAGCAAAUUUAGCAGCAAGGGAAACACCAGUGACAACAUUAAUGGAGUGCUUGAGGGCACAAAUGCAAGAGUGGACAUACAAUAAUAGAAAGGAGGCACAAAAAUGCACAACAAGGCUGACACCAUCAUCUGAGAAAAAACUCAUAGGGAACUAUGUACAGUCAUUGCGACUAACAGUGAAACCAGCAAACCAGAACCUGUUUGAGGUGAUAGAUGAAGACAGAACAAGAAUAGUAAACUUGAAGGAGAAGACGUGCACAUGCAAUAGAUUUCAAAAAGAUGAAAUGCCAUGUAACCAUGCAGUCGCCGUCAUGAAGGACUUGAACAUAAACACAUACAACUACUGUGCACAAUACUACACAUCAAAAGCAUGGCUGCAAACAUAUGAAGAAACAGUAUACCCAGUUGGAAACGUAAGAGAAUGGGAACUUCCAGAUUUUUUUGAAGAAAUCAUAGUGUUGCCUCCAAAGGAGAGAAUCAAGUCUGGAAGGCCGAGGAAAAGAAGAAUGGCAGCAGCUUGGGAAACAAAGAAACAAAACAAGUGUGGCAAGUGUGGACAAAAGGGACAUAACAAAAAGACCUGCAGAAGAAUUACAGCAUAGAAGUGGAAACAACUACACAUCAACCAAAAAACAACUAUAUUAAAACAUUUAGAAAACACAUACUGCAUAUUACGAUUGGUUGUUACAUACAUUUUUUUAUUGUGAUUUUUUAUGUGGAGAGAUAUUGAUAAUAGGGAAUUGGUAUUAUUAUCAUUAAUAUACAAAAGAACAUCAAAUAUUAUAGAUAACUAAUUAAAUGAGUGGAAGAAGGUUGAAAUUAAUAAGAAGGAAAAAUAAACUACAUAAAGUGAUUACAAAUGCAAUUUAGUUGUUUAUCAGAUGGUUGUAAUAAGGUUGUU